UGGGAAUCAUGUCAGACGAGUCAAUCUCAGGGAGUGAUCCAGACCUGGACCCGGACUUGGAGCAGGAGGAUAUGGAAGAGGAGGAGGAGGAAGAUGAUGAGGCAAUGGAGGAGGACAAUGACGGGGAUGACGAGGAAGACUUACUUGAUGAGAAUGACCAGCUCCAGGAAGAUGUAUUCAGCAGUGACCAUGUUCAGCAUGGGGAGGAUGGGGAAUGGCAACGCUCUACUUCAACUACCUCAUCUCAGAGCGAGCGGGCGGAGCGACUCUUGCAGAACCAGCACAAGAGCCUGGCCUCUGAGGACACCAAAAAGAAGAGGGCUCAGAAACCUUCUCACAUGAGGAGGAACAUAAGAAAGCUGCUGCGGGAGGAUCAGCUUGAGGCUGUGACAAAAGCAGCCCAGCUGGAAGAGUUGGAGAGAAGGAAAAGGCUGGAGCAGCAGCGAAAGGAUUAUCCGGCAGCCAUCCCCACUGUACCGCUAGAGUUCCUUCCAGAAGAAAUAGUUUUAAGAACAGCGGAGGCCACUCAGCUUCCACCUCAGGUCCUAGCUGAGGAAGUGAUCUGCUUGGAUAGCACCAGCAGUGGCAGUGAAGAUGACACGAAAGGCAUACUACAUAGCAUUAAAGAUGAAGUAAUCGAAUUGAGUUCAGGAGAGGAUGAGGCCCUCCAGAUUGUGGACAGCAGUGACUCUGCCAACGAGGGGGAAGAUGGGGAUGGUACUGAAGAGAGCAGUGGCUCUCAUGUGAAUGACGCCUUAAAUCAGUCGGAUUCUCUGGGGCAGGUCAUUGUCAACAUCAACCAUCCACCCAAUGAAGAGGACAUUUUCCUGGCUCCGCAGCUUGCACGGGCAGUAAAGCCUCACCAGAUUGGUGGGAUCCGGUUCCUGUAUGAUAAUCUGGUGGAAUCCCUGGAGAGAUUUAAAAGCAGCAGUGGGUUUGGGUGUAUCUUGGCCCAUAGCAUGGGGCUGGGCAAGACCAUCCAGGUCAUCUCUUUCUUGGAUGUACUUUUCCGGCACACGGAGGCAAAGACUGUCCUUGCCAUUGUACCUGUAAACACUCUCCAGAACUGGCUGGCAGAAUUCAACAUGUGGCUCCCCGCACCUGAAACCCUCCCUGCUGACUAUAACCCAAAAGAAAUUCAGCCACGCUUCUUCAAAGUCCAUAUCCUGAAUGAUGAACACAAGACGACGGCUGCCCGUGCAAAGGUGGUGACUGACUGGGUGACGGAUGGUGGGGUGCUGCUGAUGGGCUAUGAGAUGUACCGUCUCCUCUCACUGAAGAAGUCCUUUGCCACUGGCAGGAAGAAGAAAACAAAGAAACAAACUGGCCCUGUCAUUAUCGACUUAGAUGAGGAGGACCGGCAGCAGGAGCUUCUGAAAGGGAUCGAGAAGGCUUUAUCCCGCCCUGGCCCAGAUGUAGUUAUCUGUGAUGAGGGACACAGGAUAAAGAACUGCCAUGCCAGCACCUCCCAGGCCCUGAAGAACAUCCGCUCCAGGCGGCGGGUGGUACUGACAGGCUACCCGCUCCAGAACAACCUGAUUGAGUACUGGUGCAUGGUAGACUUUGUCCGUCCUGACUUCUUGGGUACGCGGCAGGAGUUCAGCAACAUGUUUGAGCGCCCCAUCCUGAACGGGCAGUGUAUUGACAGUACGCCGCAGGAUGUCCGUCUCAUGAGGUACCGCAGUCAUGUCCUGCAUAGUCUGCUGGAGGGGUUUGUGCAGAGGAGAGGCCAUAACGUACUAAAGGCUCAGCUUCCCUAUAAAGAAGAACAUGUCAUUCUGGUACGUCUGUCAAAAAUCCAACGGGCUCUCUACACAGAGUUCAUGAACCGGUUCCGGGAUGCAGGCAACAGUGGCUGGCUGGGAUUGAACCCACUCAAGGCUUUCUGCGUCUGUUGUAAGAUCUGGAAUCACCCAGAUGUGCUGUAUGAGGCGCUGCAAAAAGAGAAUCUGGCAAAUGAGCAGGACCUGGAUGUGGAUGACCUUGGCACAGCUGGAACUAAUUCUCGCUGUCAGCCACAGGGAAUAAAAGUCAAAACAGAGACUAAUGCUUUGGCAUCACCAGUUGGAGAAGCUACCAACAGCAAGUUCCUUCAGGGCAUUGGCUUCAACCCCUUUCAGGAGAGAGCAAAUCAAGUAGUUACUUACGAGUGGGCCAAGGACAUCUUGUGUGAUUACCAAACAGGAGUUUUGGAGAACUCGCCCAAGAUGGUGUUACUGUUCCACCUGAUUGAGGAAAGCGUGAAGCACGGAGACAAGAUCUUGGUCUUCAGCCAGAGUCUGUCCACAUUGUCUGUCAUUGAGGAGUUCUUGGCCAAGAGACCAAUGCCCAAUCCUUCAGGCUCAGAUGUGCAAGGCGUUCAUAACUGGGUCCGAAAUCUCAACUAUUACAGACUGGAUGGCAGCACUUCUGCCUCAGAAAGGGAACGAUUGAUUAACCAGUUCAAUGACCCCAGCAACAGCUCUGUUUGGCUCUUCCUUUUGUCCACACGAGCUGGGUGUUUGGGUGUCAACCUGAUUGGAGCAAACAGAGUGGUGGUGUUUGAUGCUUCUUGGAACCCGUGCCAUGACGCACAAGCAGUGUGCCGGGUGUACCGCUACGGACAAAGGAAGCCAUGCCACAUUUACCGACUGGUUUCGGAUUACACCCUGGAGAAGAAAAUCUAUGACCGCCAGGUCUCCAAGCAGGGGAUGUCAGAUCGUGUUGUGGAUGAUCUGAAUCCAGUGCUGAACUUCACCCGGAGGGAGGUGGAGAACCUGCUGCACUUCGUAGAAGAGGAGUCAGAUCCUGCCCAGCUGGCAUUGGACGCAAACAAGAUGAAGGAGUCUGUCUUACAGCUAGCCUGUCACAAAUACCCUCACCUUAUCACCAAGGAGCCUUUCCAGCAUGAGUCGCUGCUGAUUGACCGGAAGGAGCACAAGUUGACCAAGGCAGAGAAGAAGGCAGCAAAGAAGAGCUAUGAGGAAGAGAAGCGAGCAUCCGUCCCCUACACCCGUCCAUCCUAUGCACAGUAUUACCCAGCCAGUGACCAGAGCCUGACAAGCAUCCCUGCCUUCAGUCAAAGGAAUUGGCGACCAGUCUUCAAGGGCGAGGACAAGCCAGUGGCAAGCGUCCGCCCUGUUCAGUCCACCCCCAUUCCUAUGAUGCCUCGGCAUGUCCCGUUGGGUGGCGUGGGAUCGGCAUCUGGUUCCAACCCUGCUGUCAGCUUCCCCAUCAACUAUCUGCAGCGAGCUGGUGUCCUUGUUCAGAAGAUUGUCACCACAACAGAUAUUGUGAUUCCAGGCACAAACACAUCCACCGAUGUGCAGGCGAGAAUCAGUGCUGGUGAGAGCAUCCACAUAAUUCGGGGGACUAAAGGGACAUACAUCCGCACCAGCGAUGGGCGGAUUUUUGCUAUCCGGACCACUGGGAAGCCGAAGGGCAGUGAAGACCGUCGAACAGCUGCCUCAGGCUCUCAGGGUCCGUCUCUGGAAUCCACAAGCAAUGGCAGACACAGUGCCUCGUCGCCCAAGCUCCCUAACACAGAGGAGCUCACUCGGCCCAUUUCCCCUGACAGCCCGGAGAUCAUCAGCGAACUGCAGCAGUAUGCCGAGGCAGCCGCUGCCCGGGAGUCUCGCCACAACUCCCCCAGCACUAACACUGUGCACGGACACCCUGCCCGGACAGACAACGCGGCCACCUUAGCAGCCCGGGGAGCUGAGCAGCGAUUGGGCCUCCAUUGCUUGGCUCCGUCGGUUUCUUCAGCCCUGCCAGCCACGAGCCAACAUGUCGAUGGUCACUCAGUGCUGGACUUACGGGGCAACAAGCGCAAGUCGACCUCGCCCUCUGUCCCGGAGGAACCAGCCCGUCGGCAGCAGAAAAAGCGCCACCUGCCAACGUCUGUUCAGUCGUACGAACACGGGUACCCAGUCUCUGGUGGGUUCACCAUGCCCCCUGUUUCUUUAAACCACAACCUAACCCAUCCAUUUGCCCCCCAAGCAGGAAACUCCUUGUACAUGAGCAGUGGCUCAUCCUACUACCAGCUGCCCAAUUUACUACCAGACCCUCAGCUGGUGUUCCCUGUGACUACUGACCCUCUGCUGACAGCCGGCACCGCCAGCUCCUCUGCUGCUACCUCAGCCACCGCCAGCGUCCCCUCGUUCAUGCUAAACCCCUCUAUGACGGGGAUGCUGCCCAGCUACUCACUUCCCUUCACGCAGUCACUCCUGCCUGAGCCCAGGAUGUUUGCUCCUUUCCCAGCCCCAGUUUUGCCUAGCAGCCUUCCCAGGAGCAUGGCGUCUGCCUACCCUGGCUACAUGUCCCCUCAUUCGGGCUACCCGGCCGGGGGCCUCCUGCGGUCCCAGGUGCCUCAGUUUGAAUCCCAGGAGGCCUCAGAGGUGGGAUGCAGCUCCAAUGAUGACGAGGACAAAGACGACGAUGUAAUAGAGAUCACAGGGAAAUAA